AUGUCAACCACUGACAUCCUGUCCAUCACCCUGAGUUUGGGGUGGCGGACAACUCCUGUUUCACCGGGUCUCUGGCGUAGUGCACUCAAGACAUUGCAGAAUGACCCGACGGUGCCAAACUUGCAACCUUUGUUUGCAGAUGUGCUCCUAGCUGCAGUGCUUGUCGGCAUGAAUGAUCAACAUGCGGCUCCAACUCUCAAAGGGCUCCUGAAACGUUACCCGGCUUCUUGCAUUUACCGACUGCAGGUGGAGGCAGGAUGGCAGUGCCACCGCCGCCGAGCUGUCCCCCACCACCUGCACCUCCCGACGUGUCUUCUCGGGCAAAACAGGCCCUUGCAGCUGCAGCUGCACGUCAGAAACUUUCUCCCGGUGAAUCAAGCUCAAUGCCGCCGAGCAGACGCGUGCUUUCAGACAGGACCACCCCUGGGCCAGAGCUUUUCAAGAAAGAAUUGGAGGCACAAGCUACGUCUGAUAGCAGCAGGGCAAGCUCUCAACAGUGCACAGGAGCAGGGUGAAGAGCUGAAGCGACGUGCUGAGCAGGCCUUAAAGGCUGCAAAGUACCGCGGUGCAUCACCAGAAACCAGAAAGAGGUAUGAGGUUGAACAGGCCUUCGGGGAUCGAGCGAGCAAAGCUCUCUCAGAGGCACUGGCACGACAAUCGGGCGAUCCUGCGGCUGAACGAGUACUCGUGGGAGCACCAGUUGAACAAGAACUCACAGCCUGGGAUUCUGCCGAAUAUCACAUGCCUGAGGACAUCGGGAUGUGGGACGAGGCACACUAUGCAGAUCCUGAGUUCGGACAUUGGAUGGGCGAGAUGAUGGAGGUGGGUUAUGCUGUUGAUCCUGACUCAGCCGAAACGCUCCCAGAGGAGUGCUACGACUCUGUUGCUUGGGUGCAGGAUGCAACAUCUUCUGGUUACACCAGAGCUUGGGGCAUGGGAUCCGAAGAAUGCGCAGAAGGUCCCUCCUCGGGGAGCAGUCUGAGAGGUGCGAACCAUUCUCAGUGGGCAUCUAAGCGGCAUGGCGGCCAUGCACGGACAGAGGAGUCCGAAGUGCGAGCUUGGGCAGAGACGACAACGGCUGCCUCAAGCAAUCGUUCCGUGGCGUCGGCCGCUGACUCCAACUCCGAAAACGGACAAGUUCACGAAGAUGCAGACGAUGACGCAGACGAGCUGCUGGCCAGCUGCUUCAGGUCUGUCACAGGAGCGACGUGA